AUGGCGAGGACCAGGUUCGCGUGUGAAGGAACCAUAAAAACGCACAAAGGCGCGACCGAAAGACUCCAUCUCGCUGACGGGCAGGCCAAGGGCAGCAUCGCCCACUUCUCCAGACUCACGGUGUGGGCAGGCAUCCACUGCGAGGUCAUCGAUCUGUUGAUCCACGACUUAGCAGAGGACAACCCCGUCAUUCUGGGCCACCCAUGGUUGGUACACCAUGCCCCGGGCAUCGACUGGCCCCGCGACUCUCUCUACUUCGGCCCCGCCUGCGAACAACGAGGCUACUUUCCGCGAGGCGCCCCAAACCACCUUCGUCACGCCCCGCUAGCGCGGAGGCAUGUAAUCAUCGUGCCCGCCUCCUUAAUUGUGGAGCACGUACAAGAGUGGCUCGCAAAAGAUGACAAUGUCGAUUGGCUUUUGAUCUUCGAUAACGUUGAUCUGGAUCAUACGCAAGGAGAAAUACCGGGCGCUUAUGACAUUCGAAAGUAUCUUCGGAGUGACCACGGCGCAGUCCUGAUUACAUCCCAGUUGUCCAAGCUAGCACAGCUUGGCGAAUCCAAGCGCAUUAAACCUGCUGACGUAGACUUGAGUAAGAAAAUAUUCGAGAAGUGGUACGGGAAGGAACUAAUGAUGGAUGAUGAUGCACAAGAGUUGCUAGAUAAAAAAUUAGGAGGUCUGCCACUUGCACUCGCGCAAGCCGCUGCAUAUAUGAGAGAAUUAGACCUACCUGUCGCUAAGUAUAUUCAUCUGUAUGAGAAGCAGUGGGAUGAACCCUUCCCGAAUACGGACUCCGGCCUGCUAGACUACAGUACUCGCAGCGUGUGGACGACAUGGACGAUAUCGUUCAACGCGAUCGAGACGAGGGACAAGAACGCUGGGAAUCUGCUACGGCUUUGGGCUUUUCUCGACAAUAGAGAGAUGUGGCAUAGUCUACUGCAAGUGGCCAGAAAUGACCAGGAGCAGUGGCCCGAAUGGCUCCGCGAUAUAGCAGGCAAGGAGGUCAAGUUUUUCAACAUAGCGACACUGCUGCUCCGCUACUCUAUGAUCGAAGUCCGAGAGUCCGAGCAAAGCAGCUAUAGCAUGCAUCCGGUAGUGCAUAGAUGGAUAUCGCAUAUACAAGAUGACGCUGGGAAGAGAGAGUUUCUACGGCUAGCGGUAAUAUUGAUAGGAUUUUCGGUGCCCCACCGUACGACUAAGAAUUAUUGGGUACUCCAGCGACGGCUUCUCCCUCAUACGGAGAGGUUCUUAUGGUGGAUGGGAAAAUUAGAAGGAGGAGAGUGCAACAAUGAAGACAUUACCAUCGGUCAUGCAACACAUAGCUUGGGCCACCUCUAUGAGACUCAGGGCCGGCUAAAGGAGGCUGAAACGAUGUAUCAACGAGCGCUAGAAGGCAAGGAGAAGACGCUCGGACCGGAUCAUACGUCGACUCUCAGUACAGUUAACAACUUGGGCAACCUCUACUCGGAUCAGGGCCGGCUGAAGGAGGCUGAAACGAUGUAUCAGCGAGCGCUAGAAGGCAAGGAGAAGGCACUCGGACCGGAUCAUACGUCGACUCUUGGUACAGUUUACAACUUGGGCCUUCUCUACUCGGAUCAGGGCCGGCUAAAGGAGGCUGAAGUGAUGUAUCAGCGAGCGCUGUCUGGUUAUUCAGUAGUAUCACGAACUUAA